AUGCAGGCGUCGAACGUCGGGGUUCUUCGCAUCGCAUCCGCCCGUCGUGUCGUUCGGGUGGCGCGCGCCAUCUCCACGGAUGCGCCAGCGAGCGCGCACGCCGCGUCCGCCGCGAAGGGAUCCGGCGCUUCCGCGACCGUCCCAACUUUCCAGGAGGCGAUUCUCAGGCUCCAGCAGUACUGGGCCGACCGCGGUUGCGCCCUCUGGCUGCCGCACAACACCGAGGUCGGCGCGGGGACCAUGAACCCCGCCACCUUCCUCCGUUCGCUCGGCCCCGAGCCCUGGAGCGUGUGCUAUCCUGAGCCCUCCAUCCGCCCCGAUGACUCCCGCUACGGUGACAAUCCCAACAGGGUGCAGCGCCACACGCAGUUUCAGGUGAUCCUCAAGCCGGACCCCGGGAACGCGCAGGAGCUGUACCUCGGCUCCCUCGAGGCGCUCGGUAUCGACACCAAGGCGCAUGACCUAAGGUUCGUGGAGGAUAACUGGGAGUCCCCCGUGCUUGGCGCGUGGGGUCUCGGCUGGGAGGUUUGGCUCGACGGCAUGGAGGUGACCCAGUUCACCUACUUCCAGCAGUGCGGCUCCCUCAAGGUGGCGCCCACCGCCGUUGAGAUCACCUACGGCCUCGAGCGCAUCAUGAUGUCCCUCCAGGGCGUGAAGCACUUCAAGGACAUCAGGUACAACGACACCAUGACGUACGGAGAGAUGCUCCUCCAGAACGAGUACGAGAUGUCCGUGUUCAACAUGGACGAGGCGGACGUCCCCGCGCACCAGCUCAGGUUCGAGCUCGCUGACAAGGAGGCCAACCGCAUGCUCGACGCCAGGCUGCCCCUCCCCGCGUUCGAUCAGCUCCUUAAGGCGUCGCACGCGUUCAACAUCCUGGACGCCCGCGGCGCCGUGGGCGUCACCGAGCGCCAGAAGCUCUUCGCGAGCAUGAGGAAGCUCGCGCGCGAAUCCGCCGUGCUCUGGGUGGCCAGGCGCGAGGAACUCGGCUUCCCCCUCGGCGUAUGGGAGCCCGAGCCCGUCCCCGAUCCGGUCCGGACCAAGGGCGCGGCUCCGACGGAGGCGGCUGAUUUUUUACUCGAGGUUGGCACCGAGGAGCUUCCCCCAGCGGACGUCGCGUCGGGCUCGGAGCAGCUCUCAAAGGCGAUCGAGGCGUGUCUCGACGCCGCGGGUCUCACCCACGGCGGUGUGGUCGUCGGAGCCACCCCCCGUCGCAUGGUCGUCAAGGUCAAGGACCUCGCCGCCGCGCAGGAGAGCAAACAGGAGCGUAACAGGGGUCCCCCCCUCUCCCGCGCCUUCGAGGAGGACGGCGUCACCCCGACCAAGGCGGCGAUGGGUUUCGCCAAGAAGAACGGAGUGGACCCCGCGGACCUCGAGAAGGAUGGCGAGUACGUGUGGGCCAACGUUCAGACGGUCGGUCGCGCCGCGCACGAGGUCAUCGCGGAUGCCCUCCCCGGCAUCGUGGGCGGCAUCAACUUCCCCAAGACGAUGAGGUGGAACGGCGACGCCGCGUUCAGCCGUCCCCUCCGUUGGCUCCUCGCCAUGCACGGCGAGUACCACCUCCCGUUCGUCGCGCUCGGCGUGGCGUCUGGCUCAACCACGCGCCUCCUGCGCAACAGCCCGACGCCCACGGCGGAGGUCACCAGCGCCGCUCACCACGCGCAGCUCCUCGAGGGCGACACGAUCGAGAUCAGCUUCGACGCGCGCCGCGCCGCCAUCUGGUCCGCCGCGGAGAAGCUCGCGGCGGGCGUGAACGGCGUCGUCCCGCCCACCGCCGGCGAGUCUGGCGGUUUGAUCGACGAGGUUGUUAACCUGAUCGAAUCGCCCACGCCCAUCAUCGGCGGCUUCGACCCGGCGUUCCUCGAGCUUCCCAAGGAGGUUUUGGUCAUGGUCAUGCGCAAGCACCAGAGGUACUUCCCCGUGGAGGACGUUGCCACCGGCGACCUCCUCCCGCACUUCAUCACCGUCGCCAACGGAUCCGUCAACCCCGACGUCGUCCGCGCGGGUAACGAGUCGGUGCUCAAGGCCAGGUACGAGGAUGCCAAGUUCUUCUACGAGGCCGACACCCGCAGGAAGCUCGCGGACUUCAAGCCCGAUCUCGCGGGGAUCACCUUCCAGACUGAGCUCGGUACCAUGCUCGAGAAGACGGAGCGCGUGGAGAAGCUGGCGCCCAAGCUCGCGACGUCCCUGGGCUUCUCCGAGUCUGACGCCAAGGUUGCGACCGAGGCUGCCGCACUCGCCCGCGCGGACCUCGCCACCCAGCUCGUUCAAGAGUUCACGUCCCUGGCGGGCGUCAUGGGCAAGCACUACGCCGCUCGCGAGGGACUCGACGCGCCCCUGUGCGAGGCCAUCUUCGAGGCUGCCCUCCCUAGGUCUUCCGGCGACAUCCUCCCCUCCUCCCCCGCGGGUAUUGCCGUCGCCGUCGCCGACAGGCUCGACACCCUCGCGGGUCUCUUCGCGGUCGUUGGGGCCCCCAAGGCGACGGCAGAUCCAUUUGGCCUUCGGCGCGCCGCGUACGGUGCGGUUCAGGCUCUGGUGGCGUCCAACUCCAGGUGCGACCUGCGCGCGGCGCUGGCGGAGGCUGCGGCGCUCCAGCCGGUGGAGUGCGGCGAUGAUGUGGUGGACGAAUGCCUCGAGUACAUGACCAGGCGCCUGGAGCAGUACCUGGUCGACAGCGGGUGCGGCGUGGAGGCUGUGCGCGCGGUGCUCGCGGAGCGCGGUGGUGACCCGGCGGUGGCGGCGGUGACGGCCAGGGCGCUCGACGCGGCGAUCGUCGGCGGUUCCGAGGAGCUCAAGGCGGCGAUGACCGUGCUCGCGCGACCCACCAGGCUGGUGCGGGGCAAGGAGCUCCCGGCCGACCUCGAGGUUAAGAAGGAGAGCCUGGUGGAUGCUGAGGAGGUGGCGCUGUACGAGGCGUACGUCGCCGCGAGGGAGAAGGUUGGGGUCCACUCCGAGGCGACGGUGGGUGACCUGCUGUCGGCGGCUGCGAGCCUGUCCGAGGCGUCGGAAGCGUUCUUCGAUAAGGUGUACGUCAUGGCGGAGGAGCCCGAGCUCCGGCGCAACCGCAUGGCGCUCAUGAACGCGAUCGCGUCUCUCUCCGAGGGCAUCGUGGACUUUACCGAACUUCCCGGGUUCUGA